AUGGAUUUACUGUAUCCCGAGAAGAAGGACGCCUUCGACAGUUUGCUUGCGAACUUCACCCCCUCGAACUUACGAUCUGCCCCAUCUCUAUUACUAUCUUCCUCCCGCCCGGCUUCACAGAUGACUAGCCAUAUUGACGCGGACCUCACGCGCUUGGACGAGUUCUCGCGCGCGCUGAGGACGGAGCGCAACAAAUGCGUACACCUACUUCGUCUGCCCGUGGAGGUCAUCGGAUACAUCAUCGAGCUCUGCGCGCGUGCAGAGCCGCCCCGACCUGUACAGAACCCUGCGGGUCCGGUUCACCAACGCCCGGGCUCCUUCCCUCCAGGGUGGUUAGGCUGGGUCAGAAUGGGACAUAUAUGCACAUUCCUUCGACAAGUCCUUCUGGAGAUGUCGGCGCUUUGGGCGACGGUGCCCUUCACGCUAUCUAGAGGCCAUACGGAGAUCAUGGCCAGGGCACGCGAUGCCCCGCUCGUCGUAGACUUGCGCUUGAAUCACUCUUGGUCUGAAUUCCUGCUUCAAUCCGCCGAGGCGCAUUUUUCAUCGGCGAGACUCAUACGGAUCAAAGGAGAAUUCCACAGACCUUCUCUGAGUUCAUUGGAGUUAGGGAUGAAGGACUUCAGAGCGCUGGAGGAGCUCGAGUUAUCUGGAUGGACUAUGGAUCAGAACGUGACUAGGGAUACCAUCGACCUCCCACCCAUACGAGCGCCCCGUCUCCGUCAUCUUCAGCUCGACAAUCGCUUUAUACCCUUCAAUCCAUCGGCUUUGCAAUCGCUCACCCUUAAUUACCACGAGUCGAUGCCUUCUUCGUCUGGUCCCAAGCAUUUUCAUGGUCCAGCUUUCUUAGAGUUGCUGUCCCGUUGCACAAGUUUACAGCGACUCUCUCUUGGCGGCAUGCAAAUCGACGAACUACCGACACCCUCGUCGGCUCGCGCGCCUAUAUCUCUGCCACGCUUGAAAUAUAUCGCGAUGAUUAGCAACGUCGCCUUCUGUCGUUCUGUCUGGUCCAACCUCAUUCUCGACCCGCAUAUCUGCGUCAAGGUCACCCUCAUCAGCCCUUACCCUCAGGAUGACAAUGUCUCUGAGAUACAAGCGGUACUCGCGGAUGAAGAUGCUUUCAUAACCACACUUCUCCGCCGCUUCAGCGAUCCGGAAGCACCGAGUGUCACCGGCGUCAGCCUGGAUUUCCGAGAACAGGACCUUUGUCUCGCACUCGCCGUGAGCGACGUGGGAGCUUUCACGGACGAAUAUCAAGGGCCCUUCAAGGAUGAUAGGGCUUUCGCGUUGGACGUCUACUCGCGGAGACACGACCGAGGUCUCCGAGCAGCCCUCUUCGAGCGACUCUUGGUCGAUCUGCCGAAACAGGUUGACUUGUCCAACAUCGACGCACUGGGGCUUACGCUAUACCGAGAUAACACUAUCACGCCAGCCCAAUGGCUUGAACUACUCGCGCCCUAUCAUUCGGCGCGGGAUCUCGUCCACGACGAGUUCCCUCCGCAACAUGCUUUUUGGGCUGCGCUAUGUCCACCUGCUGAAGUCCCACUUGCCCUCCCGAACGUCCGCACUCUGUUUGCUCUACCCGAAGAGCCCCAGAGCAUGUACGACUUCAAUUCAAUGGCGUCGACACUCAGCGAACGGCACGUUCCUUGGGCAGAUAUACCGGCUGGCCUCCAUCGUCGCGCGAGCCGCGGGGCUGCCAUUGAGCGUAUCGUGUUGGGGACGUACUGGGAUAUAUCAAAGGUCGUAGGCGCGGAAGGCUUACAGGCCCUUCGAUCUGCAGUUCAGGAAGUAGUGGACACCCGACAGUAUGUCAAUGGGUAUCUGGUAGUGCCUGACUUUGAUGAUUGA